AGCGCCCCUACCAGCCCGUGACCCACGUAUUCUUCUUCCUUCCGCCUGGCAUACCUCCGCAAAACAGAAAAAAAAAAAGUGCAGCUCACUAACAUCUCUUUUCACUUUAUUUGCCUUUUUUUCUCUGUCUACUUCAUCAAUUUGGUACUCAAAUAUAAGAUGAUUUUGUCAGUUCUUUCUUUCUGAGCUAAUUCUCUGUUUUAUCUUCUUUGUUACUUGUAAUUAUUGGUUUCACCGCCACCUUAUACAACCCAUCAAUCCACAGAAAGUAUUUACCGCUGCUUCAUUUUUUUUUCCUAUGACUUGUUUGAUUCUGCUCCUAAUUUUCGAGCGGUUGUUGAGUUAGGGGUUCGGAAAUUCAUGCACGGUGUAGCAAAUGGAAAGGCAGCUUAAGCAGAAUGGUGAAAGAAAGAGAAUCGAGAAUGAGGAGCUUGUUAAAUACAUGUCAAGGUUGCCUAGUUAUCUUGAAAAGGGGGAAAAUCUUCAGGACAAAGCUUUCAGUGUCGGUGUCCUAGAUUGGCGUUUUCUUGAAAAAUGGCGACACGAUCACGUAAAUGUACCUUGUAGAAGUAGUGUGUGUUCACCAUCAAGCAGCAAUACUUUGUCAGUUUCCUCAAUGGAGGGAUCUUCAUCCAAUUCUAGUAGAGCCCGAAGCUGCUCCCCUGCCCAUCGAAGGAUUCAUCGUCUUACACCACAAUCAUAUUAUGCAUCACCGCUUAAAGGCACUCAUCCUGAUGUCAAAUCAGGAAAUUGUGGACACUUGAAGAACGUAAAACCAGGAGCAGCUAAAUUUCUUCACGAGAAUCAACAGAUAAAUCUUCUAGAACUCAGGAAAGAUCAACACCCACGGAGGGCUUCACGUGUUAGGAGAUCACUUGAUGUAGAGACAUCACUUGAUGUAGAGACACACAAGAGAACAUCUGGUUCCGAGGGGAAUAUGAAGUUCCAAGAUAGAGAAUGUUCUCCAAAAGGAGAGAAUGAGUUAGUAGAAUCAUGUCAUAGGGUUGAUGAUUUUGAUUUCAUAGAGAAACAUAAAUCAGAUGCCCUUCAAGUACCAGAACCUGGCCAAGAAACUAACAGUUGCACUACUUACUUCCCACCUGAUUCAGUAGCGAGAAACCAGGAAGCGGUGAAACCGAGUAGACAGAGCUUUUCUUGUGGAUUCAUUUCUGCAUUCUACCAUGGGCAGCUCUCUCCUGAUAUCCCUAGUUCCUGCCCCCUCCCUCAUGUAGCUGGUGAGUCGAGAAUGGGACAAGCGAGUUCAAUAGAUGCAAAGGAUACUAGCUCUUCAUCUCAGACAAUUCAGCAUUCAGCAUAUCCUGGGAAAAAGGCUCCAAGCCCACCCAGAGUCAAUUACAAACAAGAGAAGAAGUCAACUGCUAUGCUAAAGAAUCCAAUUACCCCUAAAUCUUCAGAAACUACAAAAGUCAGAAAUCCUUCUCCAACUCGUCGUCUUAGCAUGGCAAUAGGAAGGAUUGGCCAGAUUUCUGGUAUAAAAGAUAUGAUGACUGUAUCACAAGGGGUCAAACAUCCUGCAGAACAAUCUGGUUCAGAUAAAGCUCAAACUCCGCCCUCGCUUGAGACAGGCUGCAAUAAAUCAGACACCACUAGCCGAGCCAGGACGAGUCCCUUGAGGAGGUUGCUAGACCCACUUCUGAAGCCAAAGACAGGCAACUGCGAUAACGUGACUGGAUCAUCCACAAAACGCGGUGAAUCUCCUACAAAACGCUCAUUAAAAGUUAAACUGGAUUUGAAGGGUUGUAGAUCUAUUGAUAUCGAUGAUCCACAUUCUAAAGGUACACAUGCACCAUCAACAUUGCAAGCUCUCCUCCAAGUAGCUGUGAAGAAUGGUCUUCCUCUGUUCACAUUUGCAGUUGACAACGAAGUUAACAUUUUAGCAGCCACAGUGAAGAAAUUUAGUUCGACUUUGAAGGAAAAUAGUUGCUGGAUUUACACUUUCUUCACCAUUCAUGAGACAAAGAGAAAGAGUGGAAGUUGGUUAAAUCAAGCCGGAAAAAACACCGGUGGUGGAAUUAUGCCUAACGUAGUUGGCAAGAUGAAGGUUUCUGAUGUUUCAUUCUCCGAAUCAAACAGGCAGAAACUUGACACACAGUUUAAGACUAGGGAGUUUGUUUUGUUUGCCACAGAUGCAAGACAUCAGCCAAAUGACGAGCUUGGAGCUAUUGUCGUCAAAUCACCCAAUAGAAGCACUACUUGUCCUAAUGGAAGUAUCCAUCAGGAUCGCGGCUGCAACAAUAUUUCAGCCUCAGGCGUAGCAAAUCCUUUUGAAGAUCUUAGCAUGACAGCUAUACUUCCUGGUGGUGCACAUAGCCUACCUAAUAAAGGGGAGCCUUCUUCACUGAUUGAGAGAUGGAAAUCAGGUGGAUCAUGUGAUUGUGGUGGAUGGGAUUUGGGUUGCCAAAUAAGAUUACUUGUCAAUCAUCGAACGAUAUCCAGUUGUCUCAGCCCCGAACUUACUGCUGAAAGAUUUGAACUUUUGUCCCAGCAGGGGGGAGAGCAGGACAGCACGCCAAUCUUCAGCUUGUCCCGGUUCAAGGAUGGGAUCUUUUCAGUUGAAUUCAGUUCGUCGUUAAAGCUUCUGCAGGCAUUCUCCAUUUGUAUAGCAGUUCUAAAUGGAAGAAAUCAAGAAAUCUUCUGAAGUGAAUCAAUACAUUGCCAGAAUAUCCAGAGGGAGCCCAGGUGGAGUUUUCUGCUAAAUUUGUCUCAACUCUUCACUUUCCCCAAUUGGAAAGGUCUGAAAUUGCUACCAAACAUUGGUGAAACAUCAAACUAAGGCUCUAUAGUUCUUUUUUUAAACUAUAGCUAAGCUUGUAGAAUAUCAGUCCAUGAUUUUGAUAAAUUCACAUGUCAUGGGUUUAAAUAUAUGUUCUAAUUAUUAUAUUUACAUUUAAUAAAAGGCUAAAGUCAUAAGCGGUCUCCUUAACUUGUCCU